CAGUGUUCUGGAACAAACUGGUAACAAUUAGCUACUCUUGUAGCUCCCCUGACACCUGUUUUCCCUCCAAGCUCUCUGUCUCUGCAGGUCUCUAUCUAAAGCCUGUCUAAGUGGGCACUGGCAUCUCUCUCCAACCCCAGUCAGCAAUCUGGAGGAGGGUGGGAUACUCUCUGUAUAUAGCAGUCAGCCUGUCUUGUGGGGUUUUUGGCCUUCAUUUUUGACUUCAGCUGAGUAGACUUCCCCAAAAGGGUGAACUCUUCCCCACAACAAAAAAAACCUAUCACUCUCCCCCUUGCAGGGUCUGGGCUACACUUCAGACAACUCACCAUGACAUUCACCAGAGGUCUAUGCACACAGGAAACCAGUUCAAUGCGGGUUACACCUUCUCCCCCAGCUCUUCCAAACUGGUGUAUACUGCUGUAUACAAUAUACUUCUUGUGCAGCUGUGGAGGCACCCUCACCUGUCUAGGCCAGCCCCCAUUUAUAUAGGGAUACCCUGCUUGAGGUGGACACAUUAUCACAAUUCUCUUAACUCUCUCUGUGUAUUUUUCUCCAACCAAAAAUGGACAUUUUAUUUAGGAGACAACUAUCCUAUGAUAUAACUUCCUGAAAAGU